AUGGUCGAGUUUAUUGAAAAUGGGCUAAUUUUAAUAUUUGACCAACAAAUGGCACCCUCCUCUUCUGAAAUGAAAAGGCAACGGCGCAAGAAUCCUCGGUCUGUGCAGAAAGACAAUAAGAACGCGGUGGAUAUAAGUAGCAUUGAUGCGGAUUUUCAUUUUCUCAAUUCCUUUGCAUACAGCAGCAAUAGCGACAAUGAAGCGGACCAUCCGUUUUUUGACAAGGAGGCCAUCAAAGAUUACAUAUCCAACGUAUACGGUAUCGAUGUUGAUUCACAACCGAAUUGUGAUGAUUCGACAUCUGCAGAUGACUUUCUGGCCAGUUGCGUGGAGCAUAUGUCGCUACAACAGAUAUUUGCUUCUGGGCCUAUUUUUGGCCAAGAUUCUGAGGAACAUGAUCCCGGGGGUUUUCCCAUCGAGUACGAGUCCCCUUACUCUAGUGAUGAGUCUGAUGAGAUAGACCGGUUUCUCCAGUAUGAUAUGCCGGGGUUUGAAAAGUCGGGGACCAUUUUUGAUCCCUCUGCCCUUUCUCAGUUAAGGCCGAGAAAAUCGGGAAAUUCAAAAUCAGCCAAUUGCAAUCGCUCGAUCGGCCUAAAGAUUAGCCAAAUCAACAAAAUCAAAGAUGACAUUUUGUGUUCGUGGCUUGCAAGAAAUUCGCGUGAAUUUGAAUUUCCCUCGUCUUUUGAUAAUGCUGCCAGGGAAAAACUUCACAAGAUCGCUCACCAUUUGCAAUGCAAAUCCAAAAGCCACGGACCAAAGUCUGCUAGGACAUUGGUGUUUAUGAAAACCGAGAAAACACCGCUGAAUUACGCCUCAAUUCCGAAACGCACAGCAUUGGCCAUUUCGUCGCUAUUUUCGGAUAUUAUUCAACUUCAAAGAGACAGCUUAUUUGGUGGAGCUGUCGAUUUUGACAAGAAAAAAAGAGGAGCAAAAAAAACGCCCGGGCCUUUUGAAACCCAAGCCUCAAAAGCCAGGCUGCGCCCAGGCCAAAUUGUGGGCGAGUCUGCACCUCCCAUUUCCGAGUCUAACGUUGGAAACGUCCUGCUGAGGAAGCUGGGCUGGUCUCCUGGAUCCUCUAUUGGGAAAAACACCUCGAAUUUGAGCUCCUCUAAAGUGGAAGAUAUAUACGACCAGGCGAUAAAGGUCACCUUUAGAAAGAAAAAUUCCGGGCUGGGUAGCUGA